GACGCCACCGACAGGGUGCUGACCGGAAUGAGGGGCCGGCCCAUAGGCAGAGUGGCGUCCAACGGUGAAGUCGUCGACCUUCGCGGCAAAGUCGUGGGCCGAUUGGAGGCUGAGCCGCUGUCGUCGCACGGCGCGGCCGCAAAGCGUUCUAAUGAAGGCGCUCUGAAGAAAGUGGCCAACGUGGCGGUGCAG